UCAAAAGUCUCUACUGAACAAAAUUUUCGAAGGAUAGACAAUAGUACUGAUACUAUUGUCUAUAUUUGUUAACUACAUAUUAUUUGUGAUUUCCUUCGUUCUGUCUUGUUUUAGUGAAAUAAAAUAAAAAUAUUAACUUUAUUCUUCAAAACACUUUCAUUAUGAUUGCAAUUCAAUUGAUCUUAUCUAAAAGUUUUUCAUUUGCUUUUAGGGUGGCGAAUGUCAUCGAAGUGGUCAGAUCGCAUCAAGUCUACAAUAAAAUUAACCGAGCAUGAAAAGGCAGCUUUAGAUAAGCAAGUAGAAAAGACUGGAAAUUAUUUAUUGGGUUCUACUUAUAUUAUUGACAUGAAAGAUUUCAGCUUUGCAACCGCAACUGAUAAGCAUUUGAUAUCUGAAAUAAUUUAUCUAUUAAAUAUUUACCAAGACAAUUAUCCUGAACGUUUACAGAAUGUUUUUUUAAUAAAUGUCUCUUCAUAUUUCGUCUUAGUGUUUUCGAUACUGAAAAGUUUUCUGUCUGUUGGUUUAAUAGCUAAGAUAAGCAUCUACAGUAGCCCAGCGGAUUGGAAACCUGAAUUGUUAAAAUACAUAGAUGCUGAGAUCCUGCCAGCAUUUCUAGGAGGUAAUAAAACUGAUCCAGAUGGUGAUCCACUUUGUAAAUCUUUUGUCCAUCAUGGUGGAAAAAUACCAGCAGAAUUAUGCAUACACAAAAGCAAAAACUCUAUAGCGAAAUCUAAAGAUGCUAAGAAACUGAUAUUGCCAAGAGCAACUUUUUCGGAAAUAGAAGUUGAAGUUAAAGAGCCUGGAUCACUGAUUGAGUGGGAAUUUGAAAUCAAAUGUAGGGACAUCGGGUUUGGUCUUUUUCUAAAAGAACGGGAUGACGAAGGAAAAGAAAAAAUAAAUGCGUUAGUUCCAUUAUUACGCUUAGAUACUGAUGAAUUCUCGGAAACCGGAGUUUACAAGUGCGAAAAACCGGGCACAUAUGUUAUGCUGUUUGACAACUCAUAUAGUUGGGUGAGAUCAAAGGAAAUCUACUACAAAGCUGCAGUAGUGUGUCCGAAGGAUUGUGAUAAAAAAUUGACUAAUUGAAUAAAGUAGCUUUCUCUAUA